AUGCUUAAGCAACUUCAUCUUACUCUUCCUUUCACCGAUGUGGUAGAACAAAUGCCAAACUAUGCUAAGUUUAUCAAGGAAAUUUUGAGUGGUAAGAGAGAUUGCAAUAUGGUGGAACCGGUGAAUUUGGGGGAGUGUUGUAGUGCCUUUAUUCAUAAUGACUUACCCCAAAAGUUGAAAGAUCCCGGAAAUUUCUCCGUACCUUGCAAAAUCAAAGGAAAACUGUUCCAAAAUUCCCUUUGUGAUCUUGGUGCUAGUGUUAGCAUCAUGCCUUAUUCCGUUUUUAUGAAACUUAAGCUAGGUGAACUCCUUCAAUCCAACAUGACCCUUCAAUUGGCCGAUCGGUCUAUUAAGUUUCCAAAGGGGAGAGUUAAGGAUGUUCCUCUCAAGAUAGGAGAGUUCACCAUUCCCGUUGAUUUCAUUGUGCUUGAUAUAGCAGAAGGUGACCAUAUCCCUAUCAUCUUAGGAAGACCUUUCUUAGCCACUUCGGGAGCCUUAAUAGAUGUGAAAGGACGUCGUAUUACCUUGAGAUUUGGUAAGAAUGAGGAAAGUUUUGAGCUAAAACCAAUGCAUGAGUCUUUGUCUCUUGUGAAAGGGAUUAUGUGUGUUAAUUCCCCUCACCCCAUUUAUAAUGUAUGCAUGAUUGAUUCUUCAACUAACGGUUUUCUUGAGAAUUGUGAUGAUGUGCUUUUGAGUUGUGAUUGCAAGAAGGUUAGUGAAAAGAAAACGAAGCUUCCCAAGCUUAUGGACGAGGAGGAAAUUAACAUUCCUCAUUGGUUUGAGCUCUACCCUCAGGAGGAGGACGAUGACCCCAAAAGUGUGGAUGGUGUGAAACCAUUUACAAAGAGGAAUAAGGCAAAGAAAAGAGCACGAGCUUGUAGGAAAAAGAGAUAG